AUGAAGUUCUCCAACUCGGUUGCCAUGACCUUGGCCACCGCGGGCUCUCUCGCGGCCGCCCACGGCCACGGCCACCAGCACUUCCACAACAAGCGUGCCACCGAGACCAACACCAUCGCGGUCCCUGGCCCUGUUGUCUAUGACUUCGUCGUGCUGGACCCCUCCAAGCCUUCGGCUUCUCCCAAGCCCAUCAGCAACCACGAUGCUUGCGACGGUCUCGACGAGCACAAGCUGGAGUGGCUUGGUACCCCGGUCCCCGCUGCCUGCCCGCAUACCAGCACCAGCACCAGCACCAAGACCCCGACCAAGACUCCGACCAUCGCUCCCCCGGUGCUCCAGGAGACCUCGGCUGCGGUCACCCCGUCGAGCUCCUCCACCUCGACGCCUACUCCUCCCCCGCCGGCGCCCCCAACCACUAGCAGCACCACUACUUCCGUCUCCACCCCUGCCUCGACCAGCAGCACUAGCUCUGGUGGCUCCGGCUCCGGCUCCGGCGGCUCCGGUGCUGAGGGUGUUGAUCGUGAAUUCCCGGAUGGUACUAUUGACUGUGAGGACUUCCCCUCGGACUACGGUCCAGUCGCUCUGGACUACCUCGGCCUGGGUGGCUACUCGGGCGUCCAGUUCGUGCAGUUCGACAAUGACGUGAUCAAUGACAUCGUCACCGCUGUGUCCGGCAAGCGCUGUGGUGAUGGUUCCAUGUGCUCGUACGCAUGCCCCGCUGGCUACCAGAAGUCCCAGUGGCCCUCCACCCAGGGAAGCACUGGCCAGUCCGUUGGUGGUCUGCAGUGCAAGAAUGGCAAGCUGUACCUGACCAACAAGGACCACAAGAAGCUUUGCAUUCCUGGCGUUGGCGGUGUUCACGUCAGGAACAAGCUGAACAAGCACGUCGCCGUGUGCCGUACUGACUACCCCGGUACUGAGGCUGAGACCAUUCCUCUCUACGCCCUCGCUGGCCAAACCCACCCCCUGACUUGCCCCGACGGUGACACCUACUUCUUCUGGGAGAAGAAGACCACCUCUGCCCAAUACUACGUCAACCCCGCGGGUGUCUCCCAGGAGGAGGGUUGCCAGUGGGGUGAUGGCAGCAAGCCCGUUGGUAACUGGGCGCCCAUGAACCUGGGUGUCGGAUACACCAAGAAUGGCAAGUUCCUGUCGAUGUUCCAGAACAGCCCGACCACCGACAAGCUCCUUCCCCAAAACGUUAGGCUGGUUGGAGACGACUUGACCGACCAGUGCAAAUACGAGAACGGAAAGUUCUACAACAAGGAUGGCGAGAUCAAGGGUGCCAAUGGUUGCACGGCUGGUGUCACCUCCGGCGAUGCCAUCUUCGAGUUCUACUAA